UGGUCUUACUCUGAAAAUGGACCUGAAAAGUGGGCGGCCAGCUAUCCGAAUUGUGCGGGUCAGUUCCAGUCACCAAUAGAUCUGGUAGACGCUGAGGUGCAGUACAAUUCAAGUUUAAAGACUGUGAAAAUGAUUCGGAUGAAUGAAACCGGAAUUGAACAGUUGAGCUUGGAUUUAUCGAAUAAUGGACAUUCAGCGCAGAUUAGCUUUCCGGAGCGAGCAUUUGGCGUGUCAUUUGAGGGGACUGACAAGGCGAGUUAUGAAGUCAAACAAAUUCACUUCCACUGGGGUAGUGAUGGAAAUGGCGGUUCGGAACAUACGAUAAAUGGCAAAGCAUAUGUAAUGGAGACACAUGUGGUGACUUUCAAGAAGUCUUAUGGUGACUUCCAAACCGCGCUCACAAAAAGUGACGGCCUGGCCGUACUCGGAUUCCUCCAUGUAAUCAAUGAUAAUGCACGGCCAGAUGAAAAUCAAAUAAGUGCCAUGGGCACUUUGGACACAGACCUUCAAAAAAUUCGCAAAGCUGGUGAAACAACCAAAAUGAGAGGGUUCAAUUUGCUGGAAAUAAUGAAUCAAGUUGAUCACAAUUCAUACUACAGGUAUGGCGGAUCGCUCACGACACCUCCUUGUACGGAGAACGUUAUGUGGACAAUAUUCCGACAGCCAGUUUUCAUUACAAACAAG